AUGCCUUCGCUUUCGGCUCAAGUUAUGCUUGAGCCCCCUAAGAAGGCUCGGAAACCGGCCAGUCUGGCGAUUGCGGAAUAUGACAGGGCUGGGAACCUGAAAGCCAAGUUUAUCGAGUCGGCUCCGCGCGCCGGACCUGCUCGAGUCGAUAUCCUGCUUCCUACAAUACGAAAGAAGCAUUGGAGAAAGGUGCUUGACAUCUUCCUGCCGGAUGGCUAUCCUCACAGCGUGACGGAUGACUAUGCCGCCUACCAGAUUUACGACUCGUUCCAGGCGUUCGCCGGGACGAUAGCCGGCAUGAUAUCUUCACGUGCCGUAUGGGAAGGUAUGGGAGUUGGUGACUCCAUGGCUUCGCCUAUUGGCGCUAUGAUGAUACAGGUGAUUCGCGAGUCGAUGGGUAGACUCGGAACCAUUGCCUUCGCUCACUUGAUGGGGACAUCAAUAGAGGCCGAGUGCAAGGCCUAUCGCAUGGCUUCCGAUGUGCUGUGCAGCAUUGCCUUCAUCUUGGAUUGUCUCUCGCCGCUGUUCCCGAGAAGCAUCAGAUUUCUAAUUCUGUGCUGCUCAAGCAUCUUGUUUGCGGCGAGUGGUGUUGCUGGAAAUGCAUCAAAGAGCAGUCUGAGCGGCCACUUUGCGAAGUGGAAUAAUCUUGGGGAACUCAACGCCAAAGACGCAAGUCAAGAAACGGCAAUUUCACUGAUGGGCAUGCUCACCGGCACUCUGGUGGUUUCUUGCCUAACAACACCAACCACUACCUGGACAACACUCUUCAUCCUGAUCGCCAUCUACUUAUUCCUCAAUUGGAAGGGUGUCAGAGCCGUCAAAUCCCGCUCGUUGAACCGACAAAGGGCGAACAUUGCAUUUUCUGCACUGCUAUCCAAAGAUCAGGUUCUUACGCCCGGAAAGAUUUCCGAAAAGGAGCUGAUUUUCGAGAGACGCGGUGGCGAGGUUUUCCGAUGGAACGCGGACACAAUCCUGGGACAUUGCAAAUUCGGGGUGCCACUCGAAUCUAUGCUCCAGGCUUUGGCGAACGGCCAACAGAACAUGAGGUCUUUUCAACUUCCGACGGUGGAUCUAUCCAACCUCAUGGAGCUUUUCGAGAAUCAGCAGUACAUCAUGUGGUGCCAAAUAUCCGAGGCGGCAAAUUACGAGGGGGCCUCUAGGAUCAAGGUGUUGGUCGUGUUGAAGAAUGGCGUUUCCGCCAAGUCGCAACUGAAAGCUUGGUUCCACGGUCUUUUGCUCGCGGAGCGGCUGCACGGUCUGAAGACACCCGAGCUGAGGCGAGCUCAGCUGGGUCAGCACAUCAUGCUGGGACACAUUCAGGCGACAAUGGCCCUAGCCGACGAGAAAUACGAAGGAUACGCGAGGAGACUGUCGGCUGCCGGCUGGAAUCUGGAGGUUGCCGUGCUGGAAACCCGAUCGGGAUCUCGGAUAAUGCGAGAAGUUGAUGAUGAGGACACCCAUUGA